GCUCCUUGAGGAAGGGCUUUGCAUUUCAAAGCGCAGAGCGGUUACUGCGGGGAGAACCAAAAUCCAGUCUUGAGUCACUCUCAAGGUGGCUUUGCAUUUCCACAUUUGCCAGUGGCAGGUGUAGGAUCUGCAUUUCUGUCAGCAUUCCAUGUUGUUCAGUUGCUUUUGUCCAGGAAGCAUCAGCCUUCUGUAGGCAGUGGGUCAUGGAAGGCCCAACAACCGGGGCCCGAACAAAAGAAGCGUCAUCUACGGAAGAAGCGGAAGCGACCACCAGCAACGGGGAUGCUAGCGAGGUGCAAUUCCGGCAGUAUCUUGGGGAGGAGGAUCUGCCCACUGUGAUGGGACUCGUAGACACAGAACUGUCGGAGCCUUACUCGAUAUUCACGUACAGAUACUUUCUGAACCAGUGGCCCCAGCUGUGCUUCCUGGCGUAUUGCGGCGGCCAAUGUGUGGCUACAAUCGUAUGUAAGAUGGAGGACCAUCCAAAGUCACGGAUGUUUCGGGGGUACAUUGCAAUGCUAGUGGUGAUCAAACCGUUCCGAGGAAUGGGGAUCGGGUCCACCCUUGUUAGGAAAAGCCUCGAAGUGAUGAGGGACUCGGGGUGUCAGGAGGUGAUUCUCGAAGCGGAGGUCACCAACUCGGGCGCUCUCGCCCUGUACGGAAACCUGGGGUUCAUACGAGCCAAGCGGCUACACAGCUACUAUCUCAAUGGGGUGGAUGCUUUCCGAUUGAAGCUCCUCUUCCCUCAGGCAUACAUGGAAGACCCUUCGCUUGCUGCCUCAAACGAUGAUGAAGAUGAAGAGAUCAGCCUGGAUCUGGAUCAGACAAAAGAGAGUCAAAAAUGGCCGUCUUCUCAAAGACAAGCAGAUCAAAGACAUCAUGAACGGACUUGGACCAGGAUACCUGAUCAGAUCCUCUGAAAGAGAAUCCGUGCUUUUUUGGCCUAGCUUAGUGAAAUUGCUGCGCGCAGCACAUGCAAAAUCAAAAGAAUGUACCAAUCAAACAGUUGCGUCGUCAUUUUCUUGGAUUAGCGGUCGCGGCUCAGCUCUUGCGGCAUUGAACAAAUGCACUCAGCUAGGCCGAAAUGUAAGACUCGACCUCGGGCAGGUUAUACCACCAUGAGCACUGAG